AUGCCUCAGAACGAGUACAUCGAGGAGCACAUCCGACGCCAUGGCCGGCGGUUGGACCACGAGGAGCGGCAGCGCAAAAAGGCGGCGCGCGAGGUGCACAAGAACGCCGCCUUUGCGCAAAAGGUGACGGGCCUCAAGGCCAAGAUGCUCAACAAAAAGAACCGCACCGAAAAGAUCCAGAUGAAAAAGACGAUCAAGGCGCACGAGGAGCGCGACGUCAAGCAGGCCUCGACGUCGAGCGACCCCAACACGGCGCUGCCCGCCUACCUCCUCGACCGCGAGGGCCAGAAGGACGCAAAGGCCCUCAGCAGCGCCGUCAAGGAGAGGCGCAAGGACAAGGCGGCACGGUACAGCGUGCCCCUGCCCCAGGUCCGCGGCAUCGCAGAGGACGAGGCGUUCAAGGUCAUCAAGACGGGAAAGAGGAAGCAGAAGGGGUGGAAGAGGAUGGUCACCAAGCCCACGUUUGUCGGCGAGAGCUUCACCCGCAAGCCGCCCAAGCUCGAGCGCUUCAUCCGCCCCAUGGGCCUGCGCUACAACAAGGCCCACAUUACGCAUCCCGAGCUCAAGGCCUCCUUCAACCUGCCCAUCGUGGGCGUGAAGAAGAACCCCAACUCGCCGCUCUACACGCAGCUGGGCGUGCUGACCAAGGGCACCAUCAUCGAGGUCAACGUGUCGGAGCUGGGCAUGACGACGACGACGGGCAAGGUCGUGUGGGGCAAGUACGCCCAGGUGACCAACAACCCCGAAAACGACGGAUGCGUCAAUGGCGUCCUCCUCCUUUCGUCUUGA